CUAGAUGUUUUUGGAUCAUAAUUGCUAGACUUAAGGCUAAAAGAACCUUAAGAUCAAAGGUGAAGAGGGCAAGAUGGUGAAUUGCUUCGUACCUGAUUGUGAUCAUCACUCCGAUUCACACACUUGCAGAUUCUUCGGUUUUCCAAACAAGAUGAAGAAGAAAGAAGAAUUUAAUUGCCGGACUCGCUUAAUAAGAAUACAAGAUAGAGAGCCAGGUGAACAUUCUCGCGUUUGCAGUUGUCACUUCAGGGAGGGCAAGAAGUCAUCUGGUCUGGAGAUUUUUAAAAGGAAUGGCGACAAGAUUUUUCCCGCUGGAAACAACAAACCUCCAAAAACCAAAAAGAAACCUGCAUUGAAGGAGGACUCAUUUAAUGUUCAAACCAUUGUGCAGUCCUUUUUAGCAGCAGAGGAUGAGAGGAAAGAAAAUUUACCUAGACCCAGUACAGAGCAAGUAAUUCUUGCGACAGAAGUAGAUGUUUUAAAGCGUGAACUUGCCACGUGACAAGAAAUUAGUUAUUACCAAAGAACUCACUAUGCUGUUACCAAAAUUAGUGCUGACGUAUUGAGAUUAUGCAGCUUCUUUUAAAGACUCCGUACAUUAUUAUUCAGGCUGGUGGGUGGAUGCUAUUUCAUUUGAGGACCAAAUAUUUCUAACCCUUAUGAAGU